AUGACUGUAAUUUGUGGUAUUUGUCUUGAAAAAAUAAAAGAACCCGUUUCUUUAAGAUGUGGACAUGUAUUUGACAAGCAAUGUAUUGAGCUCUAUUUUGAAGUGACUCAAUUAUGUCCUAAUUGCAAAUGUCAGAGUUCAAAAGAACAACUACAUAGAAUUUAUCUUAAUUCGACCUCAUCUAUUCCCUCACAAAAGACGGAAAAAACACUCUUAGACCUAAAAUCACAUCAACAAAUUGUCAAUACAAUGGUCAACCAGAUCGCUGAACUUAACAAUACAAUUGAAGCCACUAAAGAAGCUUUUCAACCUACCCUCAGGGAGGUCGAACAGCUGAAGGCCAACAACUAUAUUUGUAGCAAAAAUUAUGAAGCAGUUGCUCGUACUAAUCAAAGUCUUGCAAUGAUGAAUGAAACCUUACGCAAUAAAAAUGGAGAACUCAAGAUUCGUGAUGAGGCUUUAACUGCUGAAAAUGAGAUAUACAAAUUACGUAACUCUAAAUUAAAAAGCGCAAAUGAUUCCUUAACAAAGGAGAAUCAAAAGCUAAAGGAAGAUACAGACUUAUCCAAGAUAGCAAAUACGCAGCUUAUGAAAGACAUAUGUGGACAUGUACGUAAAAAUGAAAAGUUAGAAGACGAUAUAAAAAAGCUAGCCCACGAGAACUCAUCUUUACGAAUAAGUAUUGAAACUCUCAAAGAAGAAGUGAAUCAUACAAACAUGUGUACAAAUUGUCUUUGUCAAUUACUUCCGCAUGUGAGAUUUGGUAGACGUAUGGCUCCACCACCACCACUACCAUUGCCACUACCGCCACCACCACAACCUACAUUUGACCGUGCAUAUUCUAGAGAAAGGAUUGAGAGUUUAUUCAUGGAACCGAGAAAUAAUGUGACUAAUACAACUGAAUAA